AUGUUAGGACUUGGAUGGGAUGAAGCUUGGGAUGUGACAACAAGGACAAUUGCUUAUACAAAUCAUACUGUCCUUCCUGAGGCACUGGAGAAAUGUUCGCAAGCUGUUAUGUGGAAACUUCUUCCUCACCAUAUGGAAAUCAUUGAAGAAAUCGACAAGAGGUUUAUAGCAAUGAUACGUUCAACAAAACCAGAACUUGAAAGUAAGCUUUCCAGCAUGCGCAUUAUGGAUAACAAUCCCCAAAAACCAGUUGUGCGGAUGGCAAAUUUAUGCGUGGUGUCUUCACAUACGGUGAAUGGUGUUGCCCAGUUGCAUAGUGACAUUUUAAAGUCUGAGUUAUUUGCAGACUAUGUCUCUAUAUGGCCUAAGAAGUUCCAGAAUAAAACCAAUGGUAUAACUCCUCGCAGAUGGCUUUGAUUUUGUAGCCCUGAACUCAGCCACAUCAUCACCAAACGGUUAAAAAAUGAUCAAUGGGUGACCAACCUUGACCUACUUGUAGAUCUUCAGAAAUUUGCUGACGAUGCAGACUUCCAAGCUGAGUGGGAAUCAGCCAAGAUGGCUGACAAGCAGCGAUUAGCUCAGUUCAUAUUUCAAGUGACAGGUGUAAGCAUUGACC